AUGUCCGGCGGAGCCAAGGACGAUCACACCGAUGAGACGGAGAAGAUGGACGGAACUGACUCGGACAGUUCCUCUGUGCACUCGCUCCCUGUUCCAGUUGUGACGCCGCACGCGGAUCUCGAGAAGACGACGACCAAGGCCUCGCAGCGAACCUCAAGAAGUGGCCACUCCAACCAUGUCCCUACCACCGCGCAGGACUGGGAUGGCGAGGACGACCCAGACAAUCCACUGAACUGGCCCGUGCUUAUCAAGAUUUACCAUACAUUAGUCCCUGCAUUGCAGUGCUUCACCAUUACUUUUGGCUCCUCGGUGUACACUCCCAGCGUUCCAGAGGUUGCCCGCCACUUUGGCGUUAGCACUACCGCCGCACUGGUCCCCCUGACUGUGUAUGUGAUGGGUCUGGGAUUCGGUCCAGUCAUCAGUGCUCCCCUCUCAGAAACCUACGGACGGCGCGCAGUGUACCUGACCUUCUUCCCGCCGUCUCUCCUCUUGUCUCUGGGAGCGGGACUCUCCAAAUCAUACGCAUCCCUCGUCAUCUGUCGCCUUUUCGCAGGUAUUCUGGGCUCGGGCUGUCUGGCCGUCGGAGCUGGCACCAAUUCCGACCUAUUUUCCCAUCUCCACCGGGCCGUCGCCAGUGCGGUGUUUUUGCUGGCUCCUUUUUUGGGCCCUGCUUUGGGACCGGCCUUGGGAGGAUACGUUACGAUGAAGAAAGGCUGGCGUUGGACACAGUGGCUCAUCCUUUUUGCCGGUGCAGUCGCCUACGCCGUCUCUCUUCCUCAGAGAGAAACAUAUAAGAAAAUCAUCCUGAAGAAGCGCGCGCAGAAACUUGGUCUCCAGCCUCCUCCGAACCCCUUGCCCCCGGGCAUGUCAAAACUUCGAUUUGUUCUGGUCGUCACCGUUCUGAGGCCGCUGAGGAUGUUGUUCACCGAAUCGAUCGUCGCGUUCUUCAGUACCUAUACCGCCUUCAACUUCAGUGUCCUGUUCGGCUUCUUUGCCGCAUUUCCCAUCGUGUUCCAGUCGCCCUACCCUGAGAUUCAGAUCUACCACUUCAACACCGGUGAAUCGGGCCUGGUCUUUUUGGGAAUCGGACUGGGUGUCGUGUCCGCGACCUGUAUUUUCAUUUGGAUCGACCGCAUGAUUUACCGGAAGAAAACGCUGAAGCGAAGGUUGCAGGGAAACUUCACGCCCUUGCCACCGGAGGAAAGACUUUGGGCGGCCAUGCUUGGCUCCUUUCUGUUGCCGAUCGGCCUGUUCUGGUUUGCCUGGACCGCCAAAAAGGACAUCCACUGGAUCUCGCCGAUCAUUGCCACCAUUCCCUUUGGUAUUGGCAAUAUGCUGGUUUUCUGCUCUUGCGUCUUGUAUCUCAUUGACACGUACGGCCCGUUGACGGGUGCGAGUGCCGCUGCCGCCAAUGGUUUUCUGAGAUAUGUGAUCGGCGCGGUAUUUCCGCUAUUCACGGUUCAGAUGUAUCGCGGCAUGGGCGUCGCCUGGGCAACAAGCCUAUUCGGAUUCGUCACUGUCGCUUUGCUGCCGAUCCCUUGGGUCCUGUACAAGUAUGGUCCGAGAAUCCGACAGCGAAGCACCUACACGGUGGUGUCGUGA